UACAUUGCCCGCGCCGGUGGUGAACAGAGAAAUUCAACUGCGUGGUCUGGAGCAGACAAGCAGAGGCGCGCGGCCGUAUCUGCGCUUUUCAAGGAUUACGCUGCAUAUUUUUCAACCCGCCUGACAAAGAGUGAUUGGAAAACAGGGAGGGGGCCUUGAUGUGGGCAGUAUGAGUAAGACGCCCCCUAACAGAAGAGGGAUAUCAUUUGAGGUGGGAGCUCAGCUUGAAGCCAGAGACAACCUCAAAAACUGGUAUGCUGCCACCAUAGAGAAGAUUGACUAUGACGAUGAGAAGGUAUUGAUCCAUUAUCGUCAGUGGAGCCAUCGUUAUGAUGAGUGGUUUGACUGGACAAGUCCUUAUCUGAGACCUGUAGAGAGAAUCCAGCUGAGGAAGCAAGGCCUGAAUGAAGACUCCUCUCCACCUGGCUUUCACAUAAAUGACAAGGUUUUGGCCAGCUGGUCCGACUGCCGUUUCUACCCCGCUAAAGUUGUUUCAGUCAAUAAAGAUGCAUCUUACACAGUGAAAUUCUAUGACGGUGUCAUCCAGACAGUGAAGGGAAUGCACGUGAAGCCUUUUAUUAAAGAGAGAGGUGGUGCUGGAGGGAGGUCUCGGUCCUCGGAAAAGAAUAUGGUAAAGAGGAUUCCAAAUCGUAGGGACCGAAGGCCUCAUGAGAAUGGGGGUCCCAAAACCAAGCGAGCCAGACGCAGCACCUCGGACCAGGAAGAGGACAGCAACAGUGAAGAUGAGGAGCAUGAAGAGGACAUGAUGAAUGGCAAAAGUCAGAAAACAAAUGGUGUGCUAGAGGCUGGACAUGUUGUCAAGCAAGAGGAGGAUCUCUCUGAUGCUGAGCAGAACAAUCCUGAUGCAGAGAACAGGACAGGACUCACAAACGGUGUGAAGGUUGAAAAAGAUGAGCAAAAUGAAGACACUUGCCAUGUAAAUGGAGAUGUGAAGAUUGAAGAGGUGGAAUCAGAGCAGAGUGUAGUAAAACCAUUUGCAGAGUCACCCAAUCCGUACACAGAGAUGCAGAGUCAGGCUUUGGUGCAAACAGAGCAGGACUCUGUCGCCACGACAACCACAGAGUUCAAUGGUGAUGAACAGAAGCCUUGUGUCCAAUCAGAGAGCACUCAGCCGGCAGCAGACGUACCGCCGCCUCAGCCUGUUAAACCAGUUAGGAAGCAGGGCUUCCACAACCCCAACAGGUUCAGCAGAGAGCCACUGUACAGGGUUAUCAAAAACCAGCCUCCCCCCGUCCUUUCCAUUAACCUUGACCACAACCCGUUCAAGUGUAGCUCUCCAGGCUGCACAAAGUCAUUCCGUAAAGCAAAGCUGCUGCAUUACCAUAUGAAAUAUUAUCAUGGUGAAGAACAGCCUCCAGAAGGACAGCACAGUCCCACCAGGAGUGUCCAGACCAGGGCUUCUGAGAAGCAGUCCACAGCUGCUGGUUUGGAUGGCUCAAAAAGACGACGCACCAUCUCUGCCACUUUGCACUCUGGAGCUGUUGCAGCUCCCCGUGGUGACAUUAAGACAGCAGGAAGGCGCACAUCAGCCCCAGCUACAGUCAGUAGUACCCAGGGCCAACAACAGAGAACGCUGUUGAAGGAGAAGAGCAAGGAGAACCAGCUGGACAGGAACAUAUGCCAGCUGCAGAACAAGGACUCAGACAAGAGUGGCUUUGACAUUGGUUCUGUAAAAGACAAACUGAAAGAGAAACCCAAACAGAAGGACUUCCUGCGCAUUAAACUAAAGAAGAAGAAAAAGAGGAAGAAGGCCAAGUCUGACUACACGGGUAGUGAGGAGAAUAUUGACAUCUCAGUAUUGGGUCUUCACUCCAAAUUGAAUUUGCCACUCAAAUCCCCCCUCUCACACAAUCACAAGCCUGAGGCCUACCCCGGCAGGCCCGGAUACGGCUACACAGAGCAGAUACAUGUUGAUGACGAGGACAGUAUCAGUGACUGGUCUACUGACAGCUGUGGGUGGAGCGAUGACGACUUGGAGAUGGACUUGGACGUGACGACGCCGCCUCUUAGUGUUGACUCUGGUGCCUUAGACACCAGCGACCAAGAGAUCGUGCGGUGCAUCUGCGAGGUGGAAGAAGAUAAUGACUUCAUGAUUCAGUGUGAAGAGUGUUUGUGCUGGCAGCACGGCACCUGCAUGGGCCUCAUGGAGGACAACGUACCAGACAGAUACACCUGCUAUAUCUGCAGAGAUCCACCAGGUCAGAGGCAGAGUCUGCGCUAUUGCUACGAUCGUGAGUGGCUGACCAGCGGCCACAUGUAUGGCCUGUCCUUCCUAGAAGAGAACUACUCUCACCAGAACGCCAAGAAGAUCACCACCACACACCAGCUGCUGGGGGACGUGCACCACGUGUUGGAGGUUCUCAACGGCCUGCAGCUCAAGAUGAGCAUCUUGCAGAGCAGCACACACCCCGACCUGCAGCUGUGGCGGCAACCCUGGAAGCGCUUGGAGAAGCCGCACCUCGGCUUCGACUCGUGUCGAGGCAGCAACACGGCUCCGUCCCCUGUGACCUUUGAAGAAGACAUGAGCCGAGGAGAGAUUUUAAUGUCCAAUGCACUGGAGAAGUUGAGCCGGGCCGCUACAGCCGCUACCUCCUCUUCAUCCAGCACCUCUUCCCCUUUCCCAUCUUUCCAGGACUCGUACAUUAUCAGUGAACACUGUUAUCAGAAACCACGGGCAUAUUAUCCAGCUGUAGAGCAGCGGCUGGUGGUGGAGACCCGACAGGGUUCAGAGCUGGAGGACAGCAUGAGAAGCACAGAGGAGCUGCUGGAACGGGAGCAGCGCUACGGUAGCUUGCUGGAGAUGGAAAAACCUAAACCGUCAGACAACAACAACAAGGCUUCGAUGCGUGUGUCGUGGUCUCAGGCGGAGAACAGGGAAGCCGGUGGGAAAGACACUGGAGAUAAAAGGCAGUAUCUACAGUGGCAGAACAACCUACUGGAUCACAUCGAUGCUGUCCAGGAUGAGGUAUCCCACAGGAUGGAUUUCAUAGAAAGAGAGUUGGACGUGCUGGAGAGCUGGCUCGACUACACUGGAGAGUUGGAGCCUCCUGAACCUCUUGCUCGUCUGCCUCAGCUCAAACAACGCAUGAAACGGCUGCUGUCACAGCUGGGAAAGGUGCAGCAGAUCGCUCUGUACAGCUCCACAUGAGGGCACCAGAGAUCAGCUCCAGGCACCGCAGUUUGCUGUAGCAGAGCAGCAGAUGAGAGAUAACUCAGUAAUGCUAAUCCGACCUCAUUUAGUUUCUCCUCUGUGGAGUGGAAUCUAAUGCUGCAGCCAUCCUGUGUCAUAUUUGAAUAUUUAUAUGGAUGUGUAUUGAAAGUGAGCAUCUUAAAUCAGGAUGAAAAAAUAUAUCCUCGUAAAAUGUUGGAGAAAAUCCUUAGAUUACACUUGAUGUGUCUCCCAUGCAACUCUAAACCUUAUGAAUGCCUUUUGUCCAAACUACUGCUUAUCGUCACUCUUUCUCAGUGCACAGUGCUUUACAGGCAGGAGCUUUAUUUUCAAAUUGCAGUCGAGUACCUGAACCAACGCUCUUUGCAAGUGUUCUGAACACAUUUUGACAUGGUCCUUUUUUGUGCAUUAAUUAGUUUGUUUUUGUUCACUGUCCUCCCAUAUUGUGUUAAAACUCUGGCUGUAAUGUAGACAGUUGGUAACUUGAAUACAUUCAGUAUGCAACAUCGCUCUUCAACCAGUCUUUAAUUAAUAUUCUGUUUCCAUUUGCACUGUGAAGCUCUUGGUCUGACAUCUUAUUUGUUGUAUCUUAAGAUAAAACUUAUUUCCUCUAUUUGUUCAUCUGUACGGAUCAUGUGUUUUUUGUCAGUUUAUCUCAUAUUUUUCUUUGUAUUGUUGUUUUU